AUGUUAUCACUUUAUGAACUCUCCAACCUCGGACCACCUUUGUUUAUCCUAACUAUUAUCACUUUAGCUUCAUUCUUCUUCUACUUUGGUUUUCACCACCAAAAGGACCUCACCGGCAAGAAAAUCCCCCCGGGAUCACUUGGACUGCCGUUCUUUGGGGAGACAUUUAGCUUUGUCAAGGCUCAGAGGGAGGACAAAGGAGAUGAAUGGAUAAGGAAGAGGGCAGCCAAGUAUGGCCCUGUCUUUAAGACAUCCAUCAUGGGCUGCCCCACUGUAGUUAUCACCGGUCGGACCGGCAACAAGUUUGUGUUCACCGCCAACGACGAGGCUGUCAGCAUGAAACAGCCGCCGACGAUCGUAAGGCUCACCGGAAGGCACAAUUUGUUUGAGCUCACUGGCACAAGGUAUAGGCUAGUCAAGGGUGCGCUGAUGAACUUCCUAAAACCAGAAAGCCUUCAAGACUAUAUUGGACAUAUGGGUGCUUUAGUUAAACACCAACUGCUCACCAAAACAGAAGGGAAAGACACCAUUCUGGCAGUGCCUUUGAUGAAGAAGCUCACGUUUAACAUAACUUGCAGCCUACUAUUUGGAUUGCACCACGAGCCCACAAAUGAAGCCUUGUUCGAGGACUUCGUCCAAGUCUUGGCAGGCUUAUUUACCAUUCCUAUUAAUCUCCCAGGAACAGCGUACUGGCGUGCAUUGCGUGCAAGAUCUCGAAUCGACCGGCGAGCAUUGCCCAUCUUGCAAAGUCGAAAGGAGCUACUCACUGAGGGUAUUUUGAAGGCCAAAGAUGACAUAAUUUCUUCCAUACUCUCACUGAAAGAUGAGAAUAAUGAACCACUUACUGAGGAGGCGGUAACAGAUAAUUUUGUUGCAUUGAUAAUAGCUAGUCAUGAUACAACGGCGAUUCUAUUGAGUUUGAUGGUCUGGAAAUUGGCUAGAGAUCCUGAGAUUUAUAGCAAGGUCUCGGAAGAGCAAAUGGCGAUCUUAAGAGACAGACAGGAUGAUGUGCAAGGGAAGCUUACAUGGAAUGAAGUACAAAGAAUGAAAUACACAUGGAGAGUUGCACAAGAACUGAUGAGAAUCAUCCCUCCAGUGUCCGGUAGCUUGAGAAAAGCUGUAAAAGACCUCCAUUUUGGAGGCUAUGACAUCCCUCAAGGAUGGCAGCUGCUUUGGGAAACCAGUGGAACCCAUAUGGACAAAGAUAUCUUUGAGGAUCCUACUAAUUUUGAUCCCUCCCGUUUUGAAAGUCCCUCAAAACCAGUUCCACCAUUUGCUUACAUCCCAUUUGGAGCAGGAUACAGGAUGUGUAUAGGCAACGAAUUUGCGAGAGUUGAAGUCCUUACCGUAAUGCAUCAUUUAGUCACAAAGUUUGAGUGGUCUCAGCUGUUUCCUGAUGAGACGAUUACACGCCGACCCCUGCCUUAUCCAUCCAAGGGUCUCCCAAUCAAGCUCAAACGAAGAAAGCUUUCAGAUUUUGAGCGACUUGUUUAA